AUGGUAGAGAACAGAAAUGGUGCAGUAUCAUCUGCCUCAGAACCCACCCAACUAAAUAGUGAUCCGACCACUACAAUAUCCUUUGAUGACCUUAACAUACCUAACAAUGGUCAGAAAGGUGAUGAUAAUAACAUAAACGAAUUCAUUAAUAAUUUAGAUAACCAAAUGACUAGGGAGCCAACAGGUCCGAACGGAAAGAGCAACACCUCUAGGAGUAAGAAGAUACCUAUAAUUUCAGAUAAUUCAAUGACAGACUUCUUGGUAAAUUUAGAAUCCCCAUAUAUCUCAUCUAACCCAAGUAAUAACAAUUUAGAAUCGACAACAAAUUCAAAUGAUUUAUCACCAAAUGAUUUUGCAUUUCCAUUAGACAGAGACGUCGAAUCUUUUUCUCCAUUCAUGAAUUUACCCAAUAGAAACAUAAGUGGACGUUUCGAAGGAACUACAUCAAAUAAUUUCCUAGAUUCCAAAGUGGACAAUACCAAUAAAAACACAAAGAAUAUGCGCAGCAUUAAAAAUCCAUCACCCACCGAGUAUUUUGAUUUGUCCCAAUUUGAUAAUUUAAUAGAUAAUUAUAUUACUCCGGAUUUCGUAAAAGAAGAACCACAUUUAGAUACUGGCAAGAACUAUGAUGAUGAUCCUGUACAUCGCAGUUGGAUGUUAAAAAUAAGUGAAGAUGAAGCUGAUCAAUUUAGUACGUUCGAUUUCAAUAGAAGACAUAGUACGGUUAUCACUAAUAGGUUUCCAUACCUAAAUAAUAAUGAUAUGAACGGUAGAAAUUCCAUAUCUGGUUCUGUUGAUUUCUGGAACUUACCUAAUUCAAGAAUAAAUAGAAGUAUCCCAAAUGUAAAUGCGAGUUUAAGACCAUUUACUUCACCAACUACUUCUCCACCCUCAAAUAAUAAUAACAAUAAUAAUAAUAAUAAUAAUCUCAACAAUAGGAGCUCGAUUUCUGAUGAUCCUUAUCAACACUCUAAAGCUGUAGAUGCUAAGCUUGCACAAUCGCUAAACGAAUUCAAUAUGAAUUUUGGUUCCGUAAAUACCACUACUAAUAGUGAAACUACUCCCUCUGCGGCAAAUAUAUCGGGAACUAAUCACUAUGAUUUUACUCCACAUCAUCAACAACCUUCUUAUUUAGAGCAUUACAACCAAGUACUACAACAUUCAAAACAACCGUUCCCUUCUGGAAGAAGAUACAGCGUAACUAAGCAACAAAGAUCAUCCUUACCGACGUCUGAAAGCGUACUAAACUCUGAACUUUUCACAAGACUAUACGAUAAUAGUAACAUGCCCUUAAAUUUAAAUAUCCUUGAUUGGAAUAAUAAUAAUAAUAAUAGUAAUCACAACAAUAACCCUUCUAAUGACAAUAAUAAUGAGAUUAAUGAAAAAAACAAAGGUAACGAAGAUCUUCCAACUAAUACAUCAAAUAGAGAUCCUAAAAUAGAAAAUGUAAGUGCAGGCAUUAAUUUUUCUAACGCAGAUGGAAGCAAGGAUCCACUUUCUCCAAAUAAGAAGUUCAUCAAACCAUCAAUGAUAUUUAACGAAAAUUUACAAAAUCUCAAUCCCUCUUUACAAUCUAAUUUGCUGAACAAAGAGAACAAUUUGGAAAUUAGUAGCAAUUCUUUCCAAAAUAAAGAGCCAAUUAACAAUAAUGAAAAGAACAACAACAUCAAUAAUAAUAAUAAUAGUAACGGUAAUAAUCCAUUAUUAUCAACAGUUAAUUAUAAUAGUUAUUUUAUUUCAAAUCCUCCAAUAGCAAAUGUCCAACCAUAUUUUACAGAAUCUCCUGUAUCCAGUACGAUUUUAAGGCCAAAAACAACUUCAGCUGCCGGAAGAAGGGCAUCUAGCAUUGAAACUACUCUGAUUGCUAAUUCACAUCAACGUCUUUCAAGAGUAGUAUCACCUACAGCUCAAGGAAAUCAACAAGUACAAAUACAAUCACAACGACCAUCUUCUCAGAUGCCUCCACCCAACCAGUUGCCAUUUACUGAUGUAGGGUUUACCUCAUUACAACACUUAACAGGCGCUUUUCUUCAAGAACAUGGGCAACAUCAAAAUCAAAAUGGGCAAGGACAAGGGCAAGACCGAGGAAUAAAGACAACAACUGCAUAUAAUUAUGGAGAUGAAAACAAACCAUUCCAAUGUGAUCAAUGUACUAAAAGUUUUAGGCGAAGUGAGCAUUUAAAGAGACAUGUACGAUCCGUUCAUUCUAAAGAAAGACCAUUCGCUUGCAAUCUUUGUGAAAAGAAAUUUAGCAGAAGUGAUAAUUUAUCACAGCAUUUAAAAACUCAUAAGAAGCAUGGUGAUCUUUAG